AUGCCUCGCAUAAAGCACGCUUCAACGAGCGACGGAAGGAGCAAGACGGUGACAACGCAUGGCAAAGGAGGCUCUUCCACAGUGCGCUCGAGCAGAGCCUCCGCACGCGCCGGCACUGAUGCACCUCGAAGCCUGGCCCGCACUGGGGGCGCGCAAGACCACAACUUGCGGCGUUGCAGCAGCGAAUCAACAGAGGCUCUCUCUGAUUCGGACACGAGCUGGAAGCGAAGCGACGCAGAGAGCGCGGACGAGACCAGUGGGGAGCACGACCGGUCAGCCACGCGGAAGCGUAAGCAAACCCAAGUUAGCGGAAGCGCAGUGAACGGCAAGAGAGCUGUUCGCGGAAAUGGCGUAAGAGAGCUUGAACAGCCCACUGCAGCUGCCGCAACCGUGAAAACAGAGGCAGCUUCUCUGAAAAAAAAGCCCGCUGACAGUGCGAAAAAGUUGAAAGCAUCGGAGGUCACCUUCGUUUUCGAUGAACUUCGCAAUGAUCAACGUUUUAUUACACCUCGCCAGCUCAUGAGGGCAAUCAUGUGUCAAAUGGGGCAACAAGAGGCUGAACAAAUGACUGACAGCGACAUCACAGCGAUGAUUAGACUAGCCGACACCAACGGAGACAACAGAAUCGACAGAGAGGAGUUUGAGAAUUUUGUACAGAGAGAAAUCCGUCUCUGA